AAACGUUGCAUUGCCUUAUGUAGACCUUGUUUUUUAGUAAUGCAUCAGACCUUGUUCGAUGACAGACUGACACUCAUUGGCUCAAAUACCAUAGCGCCAUGGGAGGGCGGUUCUAUGGAAAACGGCGGAGUUUAAUCCGUAGCAUCACCAAUAUGAGCCGGCUACUACUACCCCUCAUCUCGCAUACUGUCUCGCAUCGACAGUAUGAAAUAAGCUGUUCGCAGUGAUGGGAGAAACGAUAAACAACACAGGAGAUUACGUACAGUUUCAUUGUAGUCUCAGCUUUCUCUGACAGUCUGAGCACACAAAGAAGAAAGGACACAGACACAAUGAAGAUUUACAACCUCCUGAAAAAGCCACUUCCUCUCCAUGUUUCUGUGUAAAGUGGACUAUGUAAAGAGGAUGACUGUAACAAACUGGGACAAAAAAAUCUAAAAGAGCCGCAUGGUGUAAAGGAUUGUGAUUGGGAAAUUGUCUACAACCCAAUCAUUUUUGUGCUUUUUUUUGGCUUUUGUAUUGUCACUGGUGGCACACAAGCAUACACACCCACCACCAGACAAACACACGCACAUAAACACACAGUCCGUGGCCCCUGCUGAGGGCAAUGCCCAACCUGCUGAAUGCUGAUGCCUCCUUCAGCUCCAAACAGGAGCUUCUGGACCUCCAUGAUGGUCCCAUUGGCCCAGUGCUGGACACCCCAAGCCCAGUGGAGUUGCAGGAGGACAGCCCCUCGACCUCCAGCCUUAGCAGUCCGGCUGGAGACAACCCCCAGGUGGGGCUCAGGACCAUGGGGGCCGGGGACGAGCUGGCAGACACGCCGCACGGGUUGAAAUUCAUCCCCUCGGACACGGAGUACCUGUGCGGCUGGGGAGGCAUGACCCCCCCCUCCAUCCAGACGUUUAACACCCCCCGCUGGGUGCUCUUCUUCCUGUGUGCGGCCUCCUUCUUACAGGGCAUGAUCAUCAACGGCUUCAUCAACACGGUCAUCACCUCCAUCGAGCGUCGCUUCGACCUGCGGAGCUAUCAGGCCGGUCUCAUCGCCAGCUCCUACGACAUUGCAGCCUGCGUGUGCCUUGCCUUUGUCAGCUACUUUGGGGGCACGGGCCACAAGCCCCGCUGGCUGGGCUGGGGGGUGCUGAUCAUGGCCCUGGGCUCGCUGGUGUUCGCACUGCCCCACUUCACCACGCCACCCUACCAAGUGAGUGUGCCUGAGCGCUCGGGCCUGUGCUCCAGCAACCUGACGGAGCCGUGCCAGGACAGCGCGAGCGCAGGCCUCUCUGCCUACCGCUACGUCUUCAUGCUGGGCCAGUUCCUGCACGGCGUGGGAGCCACGCCACUCUACACGCUGGGCGUCACCUACCUGGAUGAGAAUGUUAAGUCCAGCUACGCACCUGUCUACAUAGGCAUCUUCUACACGGCAGCCAUUGUUGGGCCAGCAGCUGGAUACCUGCUGGGAGGAUUCUUCCUCAACAUCUUCACAGAGACGGACCAAACGACGGAGCUUACACCAGAGAACCCUCUGUGGGUGGGGGCGUGGUGGAUUGGCUUUCUGGCAGGGGGAGCCGCAGCAUUGAUAAUUGCCUUACCAAUCCUAGGGUAUCCACGGCAACUACCAGGUUCUCAGCGUUAUGUGGCUAUGCGUGUGUCAGAAGCGCACCAGCUGAAAGAUGGCAGUCAGACCAGAGCCGCUGACCCUCAGUUUGGGAAGACAGUGAAGGACAUGCCCAGGUCUGUCCUACUUCUACUGAAGAACUCCACGUUCAUCUUCCUGUGCCUGGCCGGGGCCACGGAGGCCACACUCAUAGCCGGCAUGUCCACCUUUGGGCCCAAGUUUUUGGAGUCCCAGUUCAACUUGAGUGCAUCGGAAGCCGCCACCUGGUUUGGAUACAUGGUCGUACCAGCAGGGGGCGGUGGCACCUUCCUGGGUGGCUACAUCGUCAAGAAGCUGAACCUGCGCUGUCGGGGCAUUGUCCGCUUCUGCAUGCUGUGCGCGCUGGUCAGCCUGACGGCCAUCUUCAUCUUCCUCGUCCACUGCCCCAACAUGCCCAUGGCGGGCGUGACAGCCCCCUACCGGACCAGUCCACUCCUGAACCAGCACCAAGACAUGUACCUGGACCCGUACGAGAGCGAGAGCAUGUACAACAGCUCUCUGGAGGGGAACCUGACGGUGAGCUGUAACGCUGGCUGCCACUGCGUGAAGGAGCUCUAUAACCCCGUGUGCGGAGCGGACGGAGUCAUGUAUUACUCCCCUUGCCACGCCGGCUGCAGCUCCAUCAACCGCACGCACAGCCACAAUGGCAGACAGGUGUUCUCUGACUGCAGCUGUGUGGUGGGGAACGUGACGUGGGGGAAGGAGGGGCUGGCCCUGGCAGGGAAAUGUAGCUCCUCCUGUCAGCACAUGCCGGCCUUCCUCUUCUUCUUCUUCAUCGUCAUCUUCUUCACCUUUCUAUGCAGCAUCCCCGCCCUCACUGCCACCCUCAGGUGUGUUCCAGACAGCCAGAGGUCCUUUGGCCUGGGGAUCCAGUGGAUUGUGGUGCGGACUCUGGGUGGCAUCCCAGGCCCCAUCGCGUUUGGAUCUGUGAUCGACAUCUCGUGCCUACUGUGGCAGGACCAGUGUGGCGAACAGGGCUCCUGCUACCUGUACCAGAACUCCGCCAUGAGUCGCUACACGCUCAUCGCAGGGAUCAUAUACAAGGUAUUGGGGACCUCGUUCUUCCUGUUGGCGAGUGUGCUGUACCUGCCCCCCCCGGAGUCUCCUCAGAGCAGCUGUGAGAGCACAGACCAUGGCAUUGGGGACAUUUCAGGGGACUUGGGAGACCUGCCCAUCAAAGACCUGCCACAGGAGGUCAUCACCAAUGUCCAUGCCAGGCUAUGAUGUCUUACCCACAACCGACACCUCACUGUGUGGGUGUGUGUGUGCGUGUGCGUGUGCGUGUGUGUGAGCGUGUGUGUGUGUGUGCAUGUGUGUGUGCGUGUGUGUGUUUGUGUAAACAGCCCUCACCAAACCAAAACACUGCAUUAUUUUCCCUCUGAAGCACACACUCGGUGGUCAGGUUCACUGCAUAUGAUGUCCUCUUGUCACACAAUGUGUACGCACAGCCACUACUCUACUUUCCUUCAUCCGUGUUAGUCCUUAUACAUCAGUCCUUUACUUUACUCCAGUCUGUACAGUGUGUGUGUGUGUGUGUGUGUGUGUGUGUGUGUGUGUAAGGGAGAUGUAAAGAAAGGAGGUUCUCACUUGUUGCCAUAUUUGAGAUAUUUUUGGAUUUACAGAAAUCAUACUUACAGGACGCCAUUUAUAAUUGUUUGCUGGAAAAGAUUUCAGAAGGGGUAAAAACUAUCCCUGAUGCUGCAGUUUCUUUAUACAUUGUACAGUCACACUUUAUUUGGAUGGUCCCCUAUGGACUACAUCUACAGAUGCUCAAAUGAUAAACAAUCUGUUGAAACUCUGUUCACUAGAAGUUAGGGUCAAGGGUUGGGAAUGGUUAAGGCAAUCGUCAGUGAACAAUUACAAAUACUGAACUUGAGUUUCAACAGACCAUCUGUAAAGCGUCUGUAGGCGGACUGUCCUAAUAAAGUGCUACCACAUUGUCAUGUACACGUAGUGCUCUUUCCUGAGACAGGAUUAGCGUACAGAUAUAACAGAUUUUCUGUAACAAAAUACUUUGUAUUUGACUCAAUAUUCUAUUCAAACCCAAACAUAAAAUUUUAUUUAUCAGUUACGAUACUAAACAAACUUUAUUGUCUACUCACAGUAUAGUCUUUCAUAUAUGAACCACCACGAUAACAACAUGAAAUCAUAUUUAUUGCCAUAUUCAAGAAGCACUUAAAUGCAUUUAGAAGAAAAUGUACUGUAUAUUUUAUCAAAAAAAAGCACAUAACUAUAUAUCAGACAAGUGUUGGCCCACGAAAGGGACCUGGAAGGUCAGCGAAUGGAGAAUGAUCUGGAAGGUCAGCGAAUGAGGAAUGAUCUGGAAGGUCAGCGAAUGGAGAAUGAUCUGGAAGGUCAGCGAACGGAGAAUGAUCUUUGCGAACGCAACACUGGCCCUACGGGGGGACAGUGGGAGUGAGGUGGCCAGGACUCGCUGCCUGUGCGCCUCCUCCACAUUCCCCCUCCUGCCCUCCUGCCCUCCUGCCCUCCUCCACAUUCCCCCUCCUGCCCUCCUGCCCUCCUUCUCCCCGCGCCUCACCCACCCUUGCCCAUAAAAGCAGUGCACUUUAUAACACUCACCAAGGACCUUGCAAUCUGUCAGCAGCAACACUGUGGUCAUAACAGCCCGUGAGGGGAUGACAGGCGCCCGUCGGCGCCACCUUUCCUUAGUGUCAUUCACCCAUACCUGUGAUCACCAUAGCAACAGAUCCUAUCAACAGUUAGUGCAACAACACUCAAGAUAAUGCUAGGGUGCAGUAUUUAUGUGUUCCAUGUUUUUUUGUCUUUCUUUCUAUUUUUGUCUUUAUUUUUUGACUUUUUACAGACCAGUUGUGCCAAAGCACUGUAACUCAUUAAAGAGAGGAUUGGAUUGUAUUUUCAACUGUCAAAAGUGUUUUGUAUUGUUUUCUUUUUUUUUGUGGAAGUGUGCAGUUGAUGCCGCCCAGCGCCCAGUGAGUAACUGGUGCUGAGGGACUGGCGAGUUGGAAGAUGGAUGGAAGAUGUUCUUAGUGUUGUGAUGAAACCACUCCUGAACCACUUAAUUCAUGACUCCUAUCCGUAUGUGGAUGUAACUUUUUUUGAAACCCUAGUCGUUGAAAGUGUAAAAUACAAAUACAUGAAGCUGAUGCCAGAUCAGAUUAUUUUCUGUUUGAAUGGUUAUGUUCAAAUUGAACAUACCUAAUUUCAUAAUCAAAAAUGUGUGUUUGCCAUUGUCCAGAAAAUAAUGUAUUUAUUUUUACUUUAUUUAUUAAUGAAUAUCAGUGACUGUCUUUAGUUCUCUCAGAGUUAAUGUCUGUAAAAAAAUAUUAAUGUUUUUCAUAUGGAGAGUCAAGAUCCUGGUUAAACAGGUUAAGACCUCAGCAAGCUUUCCAUUCCCCUCAAUUUAUGCAAUGUAAAGACAUUAUUGACAGCAGUGUUCAGUUGAGAAGACGUCUUUCCAAAUUACCACUGUUGUGAAGAUUGUUUUGUGUGAUUUAAUUUGGUUUUUAAUCAUCCCACGUGAAUUUAGCCACUUGAUUUUGACCCUUUCUAGUCUAAUUAGUUUGACUGAGCUGUGAAUGUUGGAGAUUUGUGUUCAUGUAAUUUGUUUUUGAGUUGCAUUAUUAUGUAAACACAUUUCUAUCCAAUUUCACCCUGGUCUUAUGGGGAUUUUGUUUAGGUACUUUUUUAAGUAAAUCGAUGAUUUUAAAUUUUA